AUGGAGAAAUCCAGACCCCUAUGGGACAAUCCCCUGCAGUUUGUCUUCGCCUGCAUUUCCUAUGCUGUGGGGCUGGGAAAUGUGUGGAGGUUUCCAUACUUGUGUCAGAUGUACGGAGGAGGUGGCUUUUUGAUCCCAUACCUCAUCAUGCUGAUUGCCGAGGGGAUGCCGCUUCUGUACUUGGAGCUGGCCGUGGGGCAGCGCAUGCGGCAGGGCAGCAUUGGCGCCUGGAAAAUUAUAAGUCCCUACCUCUGUGGUGUUGGAGUUGCCAGUGUUGUCGUCUCCUUCUUCCUCUCCAUGUACUACAAUGUGAUAAAUGCCUGGGCCUUCUGGUACCUCUUCCACUCCUUCCAGGACCCCCUGCCAUGGGCCAUCUGCCCCCUCAACAGCAACCGCACGGGCUACGAGGAGGAGUGUGAGAAGACUUCAUCCACGCAGUACUUCUGGUACCGGCAGACCCUGAACAUCUCCCCGUCGCUGGAGGCCAGCGGCAGCGUGCAGUGGGAGCAGGCGCUGUGCCUGACGCUGGCCUGGCUCGUGGUUUACCUCUGCAUCCUCCGCGGCACCGCCUCCACCGGCAAGGUGGUCUAUGUGACAGCCUCUUUGCCAUACUGUGUUCUCAUCAUAUACCUCAUCAGAGGAUUAACACUUCAUGGAGCUGUGAAUGGGCUCGUCUACAUGUUCACACCAAAGCUGGAGCAGCUGUUGAACCCCAAGGCCUGGAUCAGCGCUGCCACACAGAUCUUCUUCUCGCUGGGCCUUGGCUUUGGCAGCCUCAUCGCCUUUGCCAGCUACAAUGAGCCCUCCAACAACUGCCAGAGACACGCCAUCAUCGUGUCCCUCAUCAACAGCACCACCUCCAUAUUCGCCAGCAUCGUCACCUUCUCCAUCUAUGGCUUCAAGGCCACCUUCAACUACGAGAGCUGCAUCAACAAGGUGAUCCUGCUGCUGCUGAAUGCUUUUGACCUGGAGGAAGGCUCUGUAACAGCAGACAACCUCAAUGAGAUGAAAGAUUACCUCAUGGCCACCUACCCACAGGAAUAUGCCCAAUUAGCACCACAGAUCAAAAACUGCAGCUUGGAAGCUGAGCUAGACACGGCUGUCCAGGGGACGGGACUGGCAUUUAUUGUCUAUUCAGAGGCGAUCAAAAACAUGGAGGUGCCCCAGCUGUACUCUGUGCUCUACUUCUUCAUGCUGCUGAUGCUGGGCAUUGGCAGCAUGCUGGGGAACACGGCUGCCAUCCUCACACCGCUGACCGACAGCAGGGCCAUCGCCUCCCGCUUCCCCAAGGAGGUGAUCUCGGGUGUUGUGUGUUUCGUGAAUUGUAUAAUUGGCCUGAUCUUCACCAUGGAGGCUGGAAAUUACUGGUUUGACAUCUUCAACGACUACGCAGCCACCCUGUCGCUGCUGCUCAUCGUGCUGGUGGAAACCAUCGCUGUGUGUUACAUCUAUGGCAUAAGGAGAUUUGAGAAAGAUCUUUACACCAUGAUUGGACGCAAGCCAAACUGGUAUUGGAAAAUUAUGUGGGCUUUUGUUAGUCCACUGCUUAUUAUAAGCCUAUUUAUUUUUUACAUCACCGACUACAUCCUCACAGGAACAUUGCAAUACCAAGCGUGGGAUGCCACACAGGGGCAGCUGGUGACCAAGGACUACCCAGGCUAUGCCCUGGCGGUGAUCGGGCUGCUGGUGGCAUCAUCCACCAUGUGCAUCCCCGUGGGAGCACUAGUGACUUUUGUAAGGAAGAGACUGAAGAGGGAACGAGUGGCAACUGUUGCAUGAGAGCUGACAGCUGGAUUUGGGAAGACCUUAACCCCGUCACCAGUGACUGGGCACUUCUGGAAGACAGCAGCAACCAUUAUUUGUAGCAGCUACUUA